CUCCCCCCGCGUCCCGGCCGCGGCUCCGGCGUCUCAGUUUCUGUUUCCUGGGGAGCCGAAGCCGCGAUGGUUCCUGAACUGGAGAAGGCCACGGUCCACAUGAAGAAUCCUGAGCACGUGCAGCGCGUAAUCUCGGCGCUCAGGAAAGAGGGAACAGACAAACUGCAGGUCAUUUCGGACUUCGACAUGACUCUCAGCAGGUUUGGAUUUAACGGGCGACGAUGCCCCACGUCGCACAAUAUCCUAGAUAACAGCCAAGUCAUUAGCGAAGAAGGCAGGAAAAAGUUAAAAGAUCUACUGCACUAUUACUAUCCAAUUGAAAUUGACCCCAACCGGACUAUGGAAGAAAAACGUCCCCUCAUGGUGGAAUGGUGGACCAGAGCCCACGACCUCUUGUUGCAACAGAAGAUUUUGAAAAGUGACAUAGCCAAGAUCGUCCGAGAAUCCGAGGUGAUGCUCAGGGACGGAGUCAACACCUUCUUUGACCAACUCCACCAGCACAACAUCCCCCUGUUCAUCUUCUCGGCCGGCGUGGGCGACGUCCUGGAGGAGGUCCUCCGGCAGGCCGAGGUGUUCCACCCAAACAUCAACGUGGUGUCCAACUACAUGGACUUCGAUGACAAGGGCGUCCUGAGACAAUUUAAAGGGCCGCUGAUCCACACCUACAACAAGAACAACGCAGUCCUGGAGAAGACGGAACACUUCCAGCUGCUGAGCAGCCGGUCCAACAUCAUCCUGCUGGGGGACUCCAUGGGAGACCUGAGCAUGGCAGACGGGGUCGCCAACGUGGAGAACAUCCUCACAGUCGGAUUCCUGAACGACAAGGUGGACGAGCAACGAGGAAAGUACCGGGACGCCUAUGACAUCGUGCUGGAGAAGGACGAGACUCUGGAUGUGGUCAACGGGAUCCUUUGUUACAUCCUUGGAGACCUGAACUGAGAGCCCAGGAUCCUGACUCUGGCCUCUCAGGAUGGUGUCUGCUUCCCAUGGCAGAGUCAGGGCGAUUUGAAUCCAUCUUGAUGCCCUCGGGAGUUCUCCCACCCCACCCCCCGGCUCCCUCCUGGGCUUUUAUAAAUACCCUUUUGUUCGUCACUCCUGGGAUUGAGGGGUGAGCUGGAGAAACUCUCUGCUUGCCCCAACUACCUCCACCAUGUCUCUGCUCAAACCCCAGCCGGCGCUGCUCCCGGCUCAUGUCCCAUCCCACGAAAGCUCAAAGGCACUAAGGCAGGGUCGUCGUUUGGCUAGCCAGGCCGUCAGCCAAACGACGCAGAAUUAAAGAUGCC